GCAGUAGAACCAGAGUAACCGACAUAGCCCAACGGAUUAGUAAGCUGAAGUGGCAGUGGGCCGGCCAUAUAGCUCGAAGAACCGACAACCGAUGGGGAAGAAAGGUUCUCGAGUGGCAGCCUCGUACCGGUAGGCGAAGUGUAGGGCGACCCCCCACGAGAUGGUGAUUCAGGUGGCUCAGGACCGUGCUUUGUGGCAUUCCUAGGGGGAGACCUAUGUUCAGCAGUGGACUUAUGAAAGGCUGUAAUGAUGAUUGAUGAUGAUGAUUCUGAAUUCGUAAGACAUAGUAUAUUCUAUGAAAUUAUAGGCCCAACUUCAUAAUAUGUGAAAUUAUUUUAUACUUUUAAGUUCUUCAAAGUCGACUUUUACUUUUAUUAAAACUAAUUUAUUUACUAAGGAAUACCGUUACCUCUAUGUUGUCUAAAUAGUUACAUUAUAUAAACUUCAUCCUCUAUUUCACCAUAUAGGGGUGGAAUGUUUUCUCUAAAUUUAUAUUGGACUACACCAAGUAUAAGAAUCAUCAAAUACAGUUCACAAUUGACUAAUAUAUCGCGUAACAUAUUAUUGUGAAAUAACCGGUCAAAUUUGCAGAGAAGGUUCAGAAUAAGAACAUAGGCAAAUGGUGAAGAAAAACUUUUUUAAAAAAAAACCUCAAAAGUUCUGUCCUUUUUAUCUUUUAAACUCAUAAUGCGUGGUAAUGCAUUAUUUUACCUGAUUGUCACAUUCAUAAAUAUCUAAAGUGUACUAUUUUACAACGGGUAAAAUCUCGGGUGUCUCACAUUCGUAAGGGACGCUCGGUCGGCAGAAACUUUGUGAAUGGGAGCAUCCACGACUUUUUCUGCCACCAGGGCAGCGCCACUUUACAGUGAGGUACAAUAUUUGACAGAUUUCACAGCGGGGACUAUAAUUUCUUAGGAAAAUGUCAUUUUUAAGGUUUCUCUUUCUUUCUGCAUUAUUAGUUAUAUUUUAUAUUAGUUACUUUAGAAAUGAAUAAACAAAACUAUAAAUAUAACUAGAAGCAGAUUUCUUUUUUAAGAAAAAGAGUUAUAAAGUGCAAAAAAUUAAAAAUCAAACCACUGACGCAUUGUGUUGUGUAUUAAUAUAAUACUUUAGGUAAUGACAAACUAUUAUUUAAAACUAACUUUUAAAUUAACUGACAGUGUGUAACAAAAAACUUUACCUCACUCACAACUAGCGACAUCUGGUGAGCGGAAGAUUAUCAGCCUUCAUUAAAUCGCACACAGAGGAGACCGCGUACGCGUAGUUGUUGCUCAUAAAUAACAACAUUAAAUUUCGGAUAAUUUGAAAUGAAAGUAGAAGCCUUAUUUACUCGUAUUUUCAAAAACUUCAAUAACGGUAUAUCAUUAUUUAUAUAUUUGAACUUAAGUUUAAAAUUUGGCUAUUCUAAUAACCAUGUAUACAAAAAAAGAAAGUCAACUUGGCCGUACUGAGCAAACCCCCCCCCCUCUACUCCUCCCCGUAACUUGAAAUCAUGGUUCAGCCCUUGAUACACCAGCUCGACUAACAUAAUUCAAUCCCUAUCACAGCAGUGGAUGUACAACGGACACCAGGGCGGCAGAAAUGGAUAAGACAGUAAUACUUACUAUGGGCUCCUAAACAUACAUUAUAUUUAAUAUUUCCAUCUUAAUACAUGCAUUAGCAGUAGCGUGGGGGCUUAGCGCACGCUGUAAAUUUCACAGCACGCGACCGAUCCCCGCCGGCACCAAUGAAAUUGUUAAUUGCAAUUUUAAGUACUCUAAAAAGCUUGGCGUGCUCAGCAGAGCGGGACAGUAUUUCAUGCCGGCACACCGCCUGCAACUUUACAAGGCGCAGGUUCGGCCUCACAUGGAAUACUGUUCCCAUCUCUGGGCAGGGGCUCCCCAGUGCCAGCUCCUUCCACUUGACCGCAUCCAGCGCAGAGCGGUUCGAGUCGUCGACGACCGAGUUCUUUCCGAUCGGCUUGACUCACUGGCACUGCGUAGAGAUGUUGCAUCUCUUUGCGUAUUUUAGCGCAUAUACGAGGAGUGGAGGAAUUAUUCGAACUAAUUCCAGCCGCUCAAUUUCACCAACGCACAUCGCGACAAAACUCGCGAUACCACCCAUACCAUCUGGAUGAUUGGCGGUCCACCACUGUGCGAUUUAGAAGAAGUUUUUUUCCUCGCACAACUUCCUUGUGGAAUCGAUUACCAUCAGCGAUUUUUCCGGACCGAUACGACUUAGGGACCUUCAAGAAAAGAGCCUACUACUUUUUAAAAGGCCGGCAACGCAUCUGCAAUUCGCCUGUUGUUGCAGUUGUUCAUGGGCGGCGGUAGUCACUUACCAUCAGGUGAGCCGCAUGCUCGUUUGCCCCCUCUCCUAUAAAAAAGUGCUGAUUUACCACGUGCUCGUGGGUGAAGGAAAACAUCGUGAGCAAUGAAAGAAACAAUAUUUCGAAGACGUGAAUUUCGCCAACAUGCAUUGAGGCAGAGCGGUGGAUACUUUCUUGUACUAAAACCCUCUCAGAAGUGAAAGGAGGCUUGUUCCCAGCAGUCGGACGUAUAUAGGCUGUAACUUUACUUUCAUCUUAACUUUUACAGGUACAAAUUACUUUGGCGGCAAUCGACCCGGCAUGUUGGACUACAUGAUAUGGCCGUGGGUGGAGAGGCUCUACCUAUUGCGAUGUGUCAAUGAGAGGAAGUUCGAUGAGAAGCGAUCAUUAUUUCCCAAUUUCGCUGAUUGGGGUGAUCAAAUGCAACUGGAUGAGGUGGUGAAGAAGCACGCAACCUCUCCUGCUGAAUACUUCGAUUAUUACAAAAACGCCAGAGCGCAUUCUAUGGGCUACUAUAUUUAAUAUUAAAGAUAUUUCGGAACAUCUGUAAAUAUACACAUGUCUAAGCUGGGAUGCACAUAUUUAUCAUAUUCUUUAACAGUUAAAUGUAAAGUUUUAUUUGCCACUGGCAGUAUUAUUUAUGAUACUACCAUUAGCAAGGAAAAAAAUCAAAUUAUCAAGAUGGCUAGCUAACCCUGAGACCAAAAAAGAAUGAUAGACAUAACAUACAUUUGAAGUGCCGCCGUGCAAGUGCGGCUACGAAUGGGUGAUUUCUGGAUCUCGACCACAACGCCACCUACCGUUCCAAUUACAGCAAAGACUCAUCCAAAUGAAUGAAUGAGAAUUACGAACACUUGUACACUGGAACUUCAUGUACAUAACUAAAAGUUCAAUUGUUAUUACGUAAGCAAACUUUGGGGGGGAGGAGUCCAAUUUUUCUUGCUUUUGCGUCAAUUUUUUAUAAAGGGAGCGGGUAGAAUAAUAAAAAUAUUACGUAAGAUUUUUAAAACAUUAUUAUAAUCUAAAUGAAUUUUUAUUAUUUUAUUAUGGUAUACCGAAUUUCUUUUCAUAUUUCUUACUAAAAAUAAAUAAAUGACUUUUCCUAGAAUUGACUAUAUUGUAAUUUCCUCUACAUUAUGCCACAUGAGUAAAGAAAAAAUUCUUACGUCUUAUCAUUUGGAGUACGUAAUAUUUGAACGCCCCCAUAUGGGUGGGUUUUUGUCUAUUUUCUUUGUUGGUCUGAGUUCUUAGAGCUUGUACAAAAGGUAGAACAAACUAUACUGAAAUAGCAAUUUCAGAUAUGGCAAUGUUUUAUACUUAUUGUUUAUACACAUGUUAUUUUUUAUAACAAUUUAUAUUUACAGAAAAAGUGUUAAGCACUCGGUGUUUUCGAAUCAUAGGUAUAUCCAAACACUCAAACGUUAUUCAAUUUUAGGAUGUCGUUAAGUCUCAUUGUGUCACGUUCACUUUGACUUAAAGUGAUAGAGACAGCAGAACGACUUAACAACAUUUUAGAAUUGAGGAGCGUUUUAGUAUUUGGGCAGUAAUCAGUAAGAUUAAAAAUUAUUUUCGCGCUAAUUAUUUAACCAGUAUUGCCAGCAGUAAUGUCAUUUUUGCAAUUAAUUCAUUUAAUUUCGUCAUAUUUUAUAGAAAAGGAUUAAGGACACUUAAUGUUUUGUUUUAUCACUUGCAAGUUGUUACUUUAUGUGUUUAUUCUAGCUUAUCAAAAUUUCACUGCUGAACAUAGGCCUCCUCCAUAGAUUACUUCGUAGAAGCGAUAUUUGUUAUAGUUGCAAUCUUGACAGGCAGGUUGGCAACCGUAGUUUUUAAUUAUUUUGAGUCGUUAUCCGGAAGAUGCUGCUGCCAAUCUCCUGUUGCUGCUGCCAACCUUCCAUAGACUCUCACGACACCCACGGGACGAUAUGGGGAAGUGGAUAUUCUUACACCGCCACUGCAUUGCGAAUGGGCUGUUAGUGAAAGCCAUUUAAACUUAUAACAAAUGAAUAUUUCUUAUUAUUAUUUAACUUAUUUGUUGCUCAAACCUAAAAACUUCUUGGAGUUCUUGAGCCGAUUUGAAUAUUUAUUGAUUUUGGCGUCUGUAGUAUGUUUUAUGAUUUUCUACACAUAUAAAAAAAAUGUAGGACAUAUUUUAAAUAAUAAUAUUAUUUUGGUAUUUUCUCUACUGUCAUAUCAAAAAUCAAAGAAAUUUUAAUUGUAAUUUAUUUACAAAGAAAGUAAUCAAAAACAUAAAUAAUUAGGAGAAAACAGUAAAUUAAUUACGCAGUAUAAGACAAUGAAAGAAAUAUUUAUAUGUAUUUUACACUAUAAUAUUUCUUUCAUUUUAUACCUCUUAGUAAUCUGUGCUAAUAAAUAAAAAAGGCAAGAACGAAAUCACUGGUUAUUUAUCUACAUAUUUAUUUAAAAAAAAACAACAUUAUUUUAUUAUCUGCAUAAAGUUGCUUUCCAUUAAUCAUUUUCUUUAUUAAGUUGUUUUUUUUUAUAUAAUGGAACUCAAAAUCUUCGCAAUAACUUACUGUCGAAGUGUUUACGUUACCAAUAUUAUUUAAGUUAAGAAAUAUAUCUUUCAAACAAUUGUAAUUUUAGAUUAAGCAUUACUUUUAACUAAAACCACAAACAUUUGUACACUUAAAUAAAAAAUGUUCACAAUACAUCUAAUAAAUAGAUGUUAACACAUUUUCCUGAAACUAAUAAUUUAAAAAAAUACUUACCUACUUCCUUUUAUAAAAACAAUUUUUCAAGUAUAGUUAAGUAGAUAGGUAUAUUUAAUUUUACUCAAUCGCUGAUUUAUUUAUUUAAAUUAAGAAAAUAUCUCACAAUAUAUCUCAAAGUAAAAAUCUGUACAAACAAUAUGUCACCGAAAUAUUUAAUUAAAUUGUAGCACAGAAACAAAAUUGUUUAACCAAAUAUGAAUCCGUAUUAUUAUUUACGCAAAAGGAAUCCAACCCACAUUUAGGUCAAAAAAAAUUAUAAUAUACCAAAAUAAUCAUUAUCAUCUAUUCCAUUCUACACAUAUCAUAAUAUAUGAUGAUACAUGUGACAUAUUAUCAGUAAAACAAUACUUACAAAAGUCGAACUAGAUAAAAACCAAAAUUCCAAAAAGAAAUGAAACUGAUGUUAUCAUUAUUAUAAAUCCAAACUUCAAACUCAUCUAAAAAAUAGCUUAUUGCGGGUUGGAUCCCUUUUCAACAACUUUUCUUAGCACUUUAGCGCCCUCAACUUCUUAAUCGAUUAACAUAUCUCAUUGUGCACAAACUACAUAACUAGUAAAGUAUCCAGUUUACUAAUAAAUAGUUUUU